AUGUCCCAAUUACUCUGUCGGAGACGACACAUUUAUCAAGGCGUCUUUAGGCGAGACUUGGAAACGGCUCCUCUUUCUCGUCAACCUCUCCCUAGCCGCGGACUCGGACUCUACAAAAUCUUGGACGUUCACAAUUCGGCCUCGGAGGAAGGAUCUGCGGCACAUGCGUACAAGAAGCUGAGCAGGAAAUACCAUCCCGACAAGAACAAGGAUCCAGGUGCCGAAGACCGGUUGUGGAGAUUGCUCACGCGUACGAAGUCUUGUCGGACCCUACGAAACGAGACAUAUAUGACCGGCAUGGAGAGGUGGUUGCGGGCAGCAUUCUUCGGCUGUGGUAUUGACCCGAUUGCAGGAGGGGCUGAAGGCACACGAGGGGGGUCGCAACAAGGCAACCCAUUUGAUAUGUUCUCCAAAUUUUUCGGUGGUGGAUUCCAGCAGCAGCAACAAGCGCGUCGCGGCCCGACCUCGGUUACCGAAUUUGAAGUGGAAUUAUCUGACAUAUACAAGGGAGCCAACAAUGAUAACAAGGGGGGCUGGAGGAGGAAGGAGAGCAGUCUCUACUGGAAAGAGACCAUUGGCGUCGAGGAGGCUUUGCUCGGUUUCGAGCGCAAUUUGACACAUCUAGACGGCCAUAUAGUCACACUCUCUCGUAAGGGUGUGACACAGCCAGGAUUCGUACAAACCAUAGAGGAGGAGGGAAUGCCCCACUUUGAGUCCAAUACCCACGGGGAGCUGUAUGUGGAGUACAAUGUUGUCCUUCCGAGAGAGUUGUCGACCCCAGACACGCCGAACUGGACCGCUCCAGUCUUUUCCAAGCCGCUGACUAUGCGCGAGAUAACCUACCCAACACGCGCAUGUGACUUCCACCUCGUUCGACAACUACCACAACAUCUCGGCACUGAACGGCUUCGACAGUUCUACGGUCCCAACAACUUUGACGGCCGGAAGAACAAGAACGAUCAGAAAAUUGUCAUCCAGGAGAAGCAGACCCAGUGCGAAGUCGUUCGAGUGGAGAUCAUCCAGCAGAAGCUCGCCAUCAUCCAGGAGUUGGAUAAUCACCGGCAGAUCUGCGACGUCGAGACUCAAACGAUCGUUCUCGAGCAGCACAACGGCGUCCUCAAAGUCCUCGGGCCGACCAUCCAGCGCACCGUUGUGAAGAAGCAGAUCGGGUACGACAAGAGCAUCGCGGCCAAGUUGAGCCAGAUCGUGGAACUCAGAUGGGACGCUGAACUCUAAUGACCUCGGCUUCAACGGCACGGACGUCGGGAAGAAUACGGUUGUUCCCGCGGGCAAUAACUGGAAUGAUGCCACGUCCCCGGCGCUCGUGAAGGCCGCGCUCCAGGCAGCCAUUGCCGCGACCAAGUCCAAUGGGACGGCUGCUGCGACUAACACGACGGGAACGCAUUGAUUGAUGACAAUAUUGCUGAGAUUGGACUUUUUUUGUAGUAUGCUUCUGGCCCUGUGAUGUAGCUCAAUACAGGACAUUCAGUGAGAAGGCGGACGGACGGAUGAGUCGCCGGAAUAUUUUCCACCGAGGAACGGCGGGGUUCUGGCCCUACGUAUGAGCGAGAUCUUGGGCGAUGUCAUUGGUGACAAAAUCUUGAGUUUGAAAGCUGGAAUCUUAUUCAGACCAGCUGGGGCCGGACCAUCGGACCGAGUGCCGGUGGGAGUUGAUACUAAAGCACGGAUGCAUCACGCACGGGGUUCCCGCACUUGACGCCCACAUCCGUGACGUCCUCCGGCCACUGCCUUGCCAGGCUCUUUUGCAAUCGCGCCGUGUCCCAGACGCUGAGUGGGCACUCUUUCUCUCAUGCCGGUCUUGCAGUGAUGAUGCAGAGUGUCUGGACACACAGGAAUCAUCCCGGGAAGAGGCGCCUGGGUGAUUCCGAAGACAAUCGACGCAACAAACGCCGUCGGUGCCGUGAUUAGUGCCAGAGAGUUGACAAGCUUUUGCCCCAAAAAUCAAGUAACCCAGGUCGCUCGCUCAUGCCAGUAUGAUACAUUGCAGGAUGUUAAUACACGUCUUGUCAUGGCACUUAUGCCUGGCCGCAUGUCACAGUCUGCCUCAAGCCGGACAAGAAAGACUCACUAGGUAGUUGUAGGACUUGCGAUCGUCGCAUCGUUCAAGGUACUCCCGCUGGAAUGGCUCAGUCGUCGGCAGCUACACCAGAACCGGGGAAACCACGCACAUCGAUCAGCUGACGAGUGACUUCGUUGACAAGAUCGUGUGUG